CAGUUUGGGGAAGCUGCAAUCGAGGACCCGAAUGUGCAUCUGGCGCAAUUUCUGGAGAUAUGUGGUACAGUGAAGUACAAUGGAGUCCCGGAGGACGCUAUCCGGCUUAGGCUUUUCUCUUUCUCUCUUAGAGAUAAAGCCAAGGUGUGGUACAAUUCUCUUGAGGCCGGGACAGUGACAACAUGGGAUGAGAUGCUUCAGAAAUUUCUCUUGAAGUUCUUCCCACCGAGUAAGAUGUUGAGACUUCAGACGGAGAUCACUCAAUUCAAGCAACAAGAUGGUGAGCCUUUAUACGAGGCCUGGGAGCGUUACACGCAACUCCUUCGGACGUGCCCACAGCAUGGAUAUUCGGAGAAGCACCAAAUUUGUUAUUUCUAUAAUGGAUUGAGUGGCCCGAUGAAGGCUAUGGUGGACGCCUCAGCUGGAGGUGCCCUUUUGGGAAGGCGACCGAAUGACGCGAAGCGAAUUCUUGAGGAGAUGGCAUCGAAUAGCUAUCA